GGCCCGCGUCCUCGUUUAACAGGCUGGGCUGAGGCCGAUUUGCGAAUUCAUGACCUUCAACUUCUCCAUGCAAGCCAUCGACCAGGUGAUCAACUCCGCCGCCAAGACCUCUUACAUGUCUUCCGGCAUGGUCUCGGUCCCGGUGGUCUUCAGGGGCCCCAACGGCACCUCGGCCGGCGUCGGCGCGCAGCACUCGCAGUGCUUUGCCGCCUGGUACGGGCACUGCCCUGGGCUGAAGGUGGUCAGCCCGUGGAGCUCCGAAGAUGCGAGAGGUCUGCUCAAGUCGGCCAUCCGGGACGACAAUCCAGUUGUGAUGCUGGAACAUGAACUGAUGUAUGGAGUUCCCUUUGAGAUGUCGGAGGAAACGCAAUCAAAGGACUUCUUGGUUCCUAUUGGCAAAGCCAAAAUAGAGAGGCCAGGAACGCACGUUACGUUAGUGUCGCACUCGAGGCCUGUUGGACACUGUCUGGAAGCAGCUGCUGUCCUUGCCAAAGAAGGGGUGGAGUGUGAGGUGAUAAAUCUCCGCACCAUUCGCCCAAUGGAUGUUGAAACUAUAGAAGCCAGCAUUAUGAAGACAAAUAACCUUGUAACAGUGGAAGGAGGUUGGCCACAGUUUGGAGUAGGAGCCGAAAUAUGUGCCAGAAUCAUGGAAGGACCUGCCUUCAAUUACUUGGAUGCUCCAGCUGUGCGUGUCACAGGGGCCGACGUUCCUAUGCCUUAUGCAAAGAUCUUGGAAGAGAACUGCAUACCUCAAGUGAAGGAUAUCAUCUUUGCAGUGAAGAAAACGCUAAAUAUCUAGACUGUUACAAACAUGUUCUUCUAAAAUGUCUUAGUUUUAAAACAUAUGGAGUGUACUGCCUUGUAUAGCUUCAUGAACCUUUCUGUACAGAAAGAAAAGGUUAAAUAACACUUUAAAAAUUAUUUAUAUGGUUAAUUGUGUAAUAAGCCAGCCUUUCAGUCACCCUUCAUCUCUAAGCAGCUCUGUGGGGAAGUAUAUAGCUAUGUUUGUGCCAGUCUCAUGCUGUAAGUUUGAAUCUGUACCCUCUCUGAGAGCUGAUGGUACCAGUGAACAGACUGUUCUUCUAUUGCCGUCAGAGAAAAAGUCUCAUUCUAAAUGGUCUUAAUUUAGUAUGAGAAAUAAAUGACUACCCAGCCGUGCUGUCUGUCUACUACUUAAAACAGGUCAAAUGAGUGGUUUGAAAAUGAAAGAACAGCCUAAGGACUGCUACAGGGCAGUGGAGGUGGACGCUGCAGGUUUAGACUGGCUCUACAGCUGCCUUUUAUCACAACCCAGAUGUCAGUCUGCACUUGCACGGGCCUCUUUUGCACCUGCUACUUAAUUAGAGCUGUAAGACUAGGGUGCAUAUUUCUAGAAAUAGGUGUGGUGAUGGAGCCAUUACCACAGAAAGUAUGCGUGCUGGACUUGCACUUCUGGACUUUCUGUUCAUGCUUUGGGGCUCCAGAGCUGCGAAGACUCCAGUUGAGGUUGACAAGUAAUUUCAGCAAGGAGCCCCCAAAAAAGCUUCUACCUAGUAAAUCAAUUAUUUCAAUCCUUCUACCUACAGUCUCUCCAGCAUUGCCUAAUCAAGCUGUUCUUGGCUUCUAGUCCCCUGACCCCCUUCACUCAGUUCAGUUUCAGAUCAGCUGAAGUACCUGGUAUGGUAAAACAGUAGCCCGAGGAAGAUUUUCCUCCACCCUGUUAACUGUUUGGCUUAGUUCUAAAGGCUUUCUACAGUGUAGUUAAAAGAAUAAAACCCAGGUAGGAGCCCUGUAAAGCUUACAUAGUAGAUACGUGUUACUAUGCCACAAUUAGACAACCGCCACAGUACUUUAAAAUACAGGGGGUUUGUGGACAAUGGGGAUUAGCUAAACCUGAGCAAAAUCCCUGACACGCAUAUGCCAGCAUCUUACUGCUGAUCAGCUAGAGUGUUGUGCUAGGAUAGCUUGUGGCAGCUUUCCCAUGCCAAUACAAGGGCUCAGCUCAGCUCAGCUCAGCUGCUACAGCUUUUACAGUAGAAACAAUUUUGCUAGUAUAGCACACCAGCGUUCUUAAAUCCCUCUGCAGAUGAACACAGCCAAGGCUAAAGGGAGCCUGCACCUUGGCCUUUUCAUGACUGAACGAGCUUGGGUACAGGGAGCAUCUUAGAGAUGCACCUGCAGAUAUCUGGCGUGUCCAGGCUUGCUUCUGUGGUAUCGCCUUAGUGAACUGUUACUCUGCUAUUCAAGACCUCAAUUUCUACCCUCAUGCACAAGGGCAGCUCCUUGUCUCACUCCACUUAGUAAUGCCAACAUGUCUUAAUUUGUAUGCAAGCAGAAGCUUGCAUUGGUAUUUCUUUGCAAAGUCCGGUUUGCAACAGAUCUGAAAGCAUCUACCACCAUUCUGAUUGGAGAAAUUCCAUUGACAUUUAUUUUAAUAAAAAUAUGACUGAAUAUAUAUCACAAGUUACAUGAAACUUUAUACACAGACAUUCUCUGCAUAGUAACAAACACUGAUGUACUUGAAUUUAAAAAUGGAUUAUCAUAAUCCUUUAAAGUGCAAUUUGUUUAAGGUUUUAAGCAAAUCUUAGAAUAAAGGAUCUUUCAAAUAAAGA